AUGGAAGGCGGCGGCAUGCUCAAUCGCAUUGCCUCUAAAACUAGCAUUCGAGGUCCACGAGUCCAUCGCUCAUUUCAAGUCGAAGAUAAGACGCAAUGUUUCGCCACAAAGGGAUCUAUUGUGAUAGAUUUCAUCGCAGCCUAUCCCGCGACGAGCAACAGCAAAUUGCUAUGCAGUCUGGUAAAUUUGCAGCCUAGUCGCCUCGGUGGCGGCCCAUUCCGUGGCUGGUUCUUCACAGACAAUAGCGCCGGUCCAUUCAAAGUUACUACGGAACUUCGGGGUUGGUUUAACCACAAGCUUGAGCAAUUUGUCAUUGCCCAUCCUGACAUCAGUUCUCAAAACCUGAUCCUGGACCAGCAUGGAAAAGCCAAAGUCCCACAUCACCUGACCCAACCGAAGCGAAGCCAAGCCCUGCCGCACACAAACCAUCCACAUCCGAAGGUCGACCACUUCAUCCGUCCAUCCAACAAGCUCGCCGUCGCGAUCAACCCUUCAAGAUGCCGGUAUGUUAACCACCCUGUUCACGCCAUACUCGAAAAAAAUACAUUCGCCAUCGUCGCCGUCCCCCUCCAAAGCAACAAGACCUUCCGCACCAAGCAAAAGCUUGCCAAAGCUCAGCGUCAGAACCGCCCCAUCCCCCAGUGGAUCCGUCUGCGCACCGGCAACACCAUCAGUUCGCCAUUUGUGGGAAGAGUGAUCCGGAAACGCGAGAGAGGAACGGGAAAUACACAAGACCAUCCACCCGCCGACCGCAUGAACCCACGAAUGGAGGAACAUACACAGAAAUUACACAACCGGACCGAACAUAUGGCUGAUUACAAUCUGAAUAAUAGAUACAACGCCAAGCGCCGACACUGGCGUAAGUCGACCCUGAAGGUCUAA